AUGCGCUGGGGCUCCUCAGGGCCCCCGGGCAGUGCUGCCUGGGAUCGUCCCGUAGCGCUGUCUCUGCGGCUGGGGAGGUGCGCUUGGCUGCUGACGCUAGGAGAAGGGGGGAGGUUUUGGUGUGCGUCUCGGACUCGGAGUUGUGAUGGCUGCAGCUUUGUCCAGCUCGCUCCUGCGGGGGCCUGGCUGUGUGUGGCUGAUGUCACAGGCGUGGGAUUAAGAUAGCGAAGGACCCAGCAGGAUUAGAGCGAGGAGGCUGCGCGUGAGGUGGGGCGCUCGAGGGGGCUCGUUUGGCGGAGAGCAGCUGUGUUAGACCUGCUGCCGCUCGCUGUCGCUGCCUGACAGGGUUUCUCUCCCGCCCCCUGGAUGGAGCGUGUUUAUUUAUUGCAGCUGGGAGAAGGGUAUCUUCCAGGCAGGGCUGGAGGCCGCUGAGAAGGAAACUGCUGCGCUGUGGACUCUGCCUGGCAUUUCUGCCAGUGACUCAGCAGGCUGUGCCGCCGCCCCGCUCGGGAAUUGGGCUCUGCUCUGGGGAGGAGACCCCCCCACCCCCUCCGCUCUGCUCCGGUGGCUGAGAAGAUAACGGCCUGAUCUGGGCCUUCCUCUCCGCACAGCUCCGGGACCACCAGGCCUGCGCACAGACUCUGCUUGCUACGGCAUUGGCAGGCACUGACGCCCUAAACCGACGCCACCCAGGGCCCACUGAAGCGGCAGUGAGCGCCUGGGAACAUGUCCCACGAGAAGAGCUUCCUGGUGUCGGGCGAUGGCUUCCCCGCUCCAAGCCCUGCCUUCCCUGGGCAGCAGCCUCCUGCCCCGCCAGCCUACGCACAGCCCCCCUACCCAGCAGCACCCUAUCCACAGCCCCAGUUCCAGCCAGGACCUUACAACCAGCCGGGCUUUCCGCAGGGCCCGUACCCUCAAGGGCCUGGGCCGUACCCACCGGCCCCGUAUGCUCAGGGGCCGUAUCCACCAGCAGGCGCGUAUCCUCAGGGGCCGUAUCCAUCAGGGCCGUAUAUGCAGCCGCCAUAUGCCCAGCCACAGCCCAUAGUCUCAGAGGACCAAGGCUCUCCGCUGCACAGUAACUACCAUGAGGACGGGCCGCCCUCGUACUACGACAACCAGGACUUCCCCAUCACCCACUGGGACGACAAGAGCAUCCGCCAGGCCUUCAUCCGCAAGGUGUUCCUGGUGCUGACCCUCCAGCUGAGCGUGACCUUGGCCUUCGUGGCCAUCUUCACCUUUGUGAAGGGCAUGAAGGGCUUUGUGAGGCGAAAUGUCUGGAUGUACUAUGUCUCCUACGCCAUCUUCUUCAUCUCGCUGAUCGUGCUGAGUUGCUGUGGGGAGUUCCGCCGCAAGUACCCCUGGAACCUGAUCGCCCUGUCCAUCCUGACUCUCAGCCUCUCCUACAUGGUGGGGAUGAUCGCCAGCUUCUAUCAAACGGACGCCGUCAUCAUGGCCGUGGGCAUCACGGCCAUCGUCUGCUUCACCGUUGUCCUCUUCUCCCUGCAGACCAAGUAUGACUUCACCUCCUGCCGGGGCGUGCUGAUCGUCUGCCUGGUGGUGCUGAUCCUCUUCUCCAUCCUGUGUAUCUUCAUCCGGAACCGCAUCAUGGACAUCGUGUAUGCCUCGCUGGGAGCCCUGCUCUUCACCUGCUUCUUGGCGGUGGACACUCAAAUGCUCCUGGGGAACAAGCAGUUGGCCCUGAGCCCGGAGGAGUACGUCUUCGCCGCCCUCAACCUCUACACGGAUAUUAUCCAGAUCUUCCUCUACAUCCUGGCCAUCAUUGGCCGGGCCAAGGACUAGUGCGCGCCCGUUGCUGCGGAGAGUAGGGUAACCUGCCCCUGUGCCAGCCCCACCUCACUGCGUGUCACUGCCCCCACCCCAGCCCUGCCCCAUAGCCAUUUGGUGUGGUGUUUUCAUGGCAUCUCGUUGUUGGUUCUCGUGUUCUAGUUAUUUUGACCCAUGGUCCCCUCACCAGCUCUUCAGGGAGGACAGUGGGGCGGGGGGCAGCUGAGCGGCAGUGGGCUCAUGGUUUUGGAAGGACCCGUCCUGGGCCAUCAUGGGGUGAGGGACGCUCUCCAUCCUUCGGCUGCCCGUGCUGUGUGGGGCAGGGCGGGGGUGUAUACAUCGCUUUGCUCUGCACCAUGUCAGGAGCUGCUGUCUUGCUUCAGGGAAUGUCGCUGCCUGGUUGAGUCCCAAGCAUGCUGCUCCUGCCCUCUGGCAGCCCCCCUCCUCCUCCACGGAUGUGCCCAGCUCCCUGGCAGCCAGGGGCAGCUCUUUGGCCGCCACUGCUCCUCUCCGCUGUCACUAGCCAGCUGCGUCCCCAGCCUCCCAGUGGUGAAUGGAUUGAAACCCUCUCUGGCCCCACGCAGGCAGAUCAGGCCUUUAGUGAGACGACCAGAGAGAGUUCAAAGGCAGGCUCUAUUAGCGCCUGGCCCUGGAGAUCUGGCAUGCUGGGCGGUGCCUCCCAAGCGCAGCCCCUGCCAGGCCUGACAGCACCUGCCUGAUUUCACUACAGUUGGUCAUGAAGAUGUUUGAGACCCUGAACCGGUGGUGGUGGUGGGCUGAGUGCAGGCCGCUCCCUGGAGUGCCCAGGUGUGCAGCCCCCUUGAGACUGCUUCCCAAGGCACUGUGUGUGGCUGGCCUGGGGGUGAGCGCAGGGAUCUGCCCAGUUCCCCUCCCACGAGCACAUGGUGUGGGCUGCGCCGCGGCCCUGCCUUCCCUUUCCAUGCAGCCCAGCUCCCUCCUGCUCCGGGCGGCCGGAGGCUGGGUCCCGGGGUCCCUGUUGUUCUGUAUGUGACUGGCUGCUGCUGUUAAUAAAGCUCUGUUUAGCUGUGAGA